CCUGCGCGGGGACUCUAAAAGCCUAGUGGUGUUAAUAAAGGUGAUGAGAGACCACGCUGUGACAGAACGGGCCAGCCGAGCCAAGAACCCGCAGAGUUUGAUGUUUACGCUCUCUCCGGCUCCCUGUAGUCUAAAGAGCUGGAAAGUUCCCGACGUCUCGAGGAGGAAGACUGGAGAGACGCUUCUUAUCCCAAACUGGAUGGCUUCUACGGUGAGCCUGGGUAAAGGAACAUUGUUGGAAGAUGGAAUGCCACCUGCAAAAAAGCCCAGGAAGCUGUUGCCAAGCCUCAAAACCAAGAAGCCUCAGGAACUCGUCUUGGUGAUUGGGACAGGAAUCAGCGCAGCGGUUGCUCCCCAGGUCCCAGCGCUGAAGUCUUGGAAGGGGUUAAUCCAGGCCCUCCUGGAUGCUGCUAUUGACUUUGAUCUCCUGGAAGAUGAAGAGAGCAAACGGUUUCAAAAGUGUCUCCAUGAAGACAAGAACUUGGUUCAUGUUGCCCACGACCUUAUCCAGAAGCUGUCUCCGCGCACAAGCAAUGUUCGCUCAACCUUUUUCAAAGACUGUUUAUACGAGGUGUUUGAUGACCUGGAAUCUAAAAUGGAAGAUUCUGGGAAGCAGCUGCUUCAGUCUGUGCUUCACUUAAUGGAAAAUGGGGCACUUGUGUUAACCACAAACUUUGAUAACCUGCUGGAACUGUACGCAGCACACCAGGGGAAGCAUCUGGAGUCUCUUGACCUGACUGAUGAAAAAAAGGUGCUGGAGUGGGCGCAAGAGAAGAGGAAGCUUAGCGUCCUGCACAUCCACGGCGUUUACACCAACCCCAGCGGCAUAGUGCUCCACCCGGCCGGGUACCAGAACGUGCUGCGCAACACGGAGGUUAUGCGAGAGAUUCAGAAGCUGUAUGAAAAUAAGUCAUUCCUGUUCUUGGGCUGUGGUUGGACUGUUGAUGACACCACGUUUCAAGCCCUGUUUUUAGAGGCUGUGAAGCACAAGUCAGACCUGGAGCACUUCAUGCUCGUACGGAGGGGAGACGUGGAUGAGUUUAAGAAGCUCCGUGAGAACAUGCUGGACAAAGGGAUUAAAGUGAUUUCCUACGGAGAUGAAUACGCGGACUUGCCCGAGUACUUCGAGAGGCUGACGAGCGAGAUUGCCAUGCGGGGUCGAACAGGUGUGCCGAAGGAGGGACAACAGCUGAACGGCUCUGCUGCUGCCCACGCCGAGAUGAAAGGAUGCAGCACUUGAGCAUCAGCCUCGCCCCAGGACCUGUGCCGCAGCGGGGGGCUCCGUAGGAUGGGCCUAAGCCGGAGCGGGGAGGCCUCUGCGCGGUUUAAGGCCAGUCUAGGGGAGGAGCGAAGUCCGCUGCUGUCGAGCUGCUGCCCACCCGCGCCGAGCCGGGACACUUCAGGCCCAAAACGGAGGCCGGAGCAGAGCCUCCUCGGACAGACGCCUGGUUUAACAUAGUAACUGUCUUUUUAUCGAGGUCACGCGCGCCUGGGGAGCGCGGUCUCCCCAAGGGAGCUGCAGCCUCCUCUAAUUUCAUACUUAGUGCUUUUGUAUUCUGUACUUUCAAUUAAAAACAUGAAACUUGAGCAUUUUUUUUUAUUUACUUGAAGCUCUA